AUGUUAGCAGAAACAAUAGAAAUAGGAGGCCAAUUAGCUGUGUUGGCGACUGCGGGCGGCGGCGGGUGGGGGUGGUGCACGCGCGGGGAGCGGGGCGCGGCGUUACUAGCCAUCAGCGCUUGUGUGCUCGCCUUCCCUCCCAGAACGUUAUCCCGCGGCGCGUUAAGCCGCCUAGCCGCCAGCCUAGCAUGCGGCGUUCUCGCCCGCGGCUACCUGCGGUACCGCGCCCGCACCGCAUCGCGGUUACCCGCACUCUGUGACGUCAUGCGGCGGUACCUAGCACUGGCGCGGCGGGCGCAAGCGUGUGUGAGAGAUAACGCUUGUCAUAACACACUGGGUACAGUGUCGCAAGCGCUGCAAGCGACACACGAGCUGCUCUGUCGACAACAAGCGGCGCUGGCGACGCUGAUGUCGCGCGCGUCCGUCGCGUUGCUAGGCAACGCGCCGUGGCUAAGGGAUGACGUAGCUUGGACCGAGCUGCCUGAUGCGUCCGAUCCGGUGCAGAAAAUCCACCACGCGUUCCUAGUGGUCCAAUCCACUCUGCUAAAGCACAUCGCUAUGGCACACUUUACACAGCCUUUACACACUCAACACGUCUAUAAAAACCAUAACGAACGACUACACUGGAUACACACUGUACUUUACAACACCUCCUGGAAGAAUUCCAAGAAAGCUUCGAAGCUUUAGAUAGAAUGUAUAGAAUUUU